UUGCUGAAGCUCAUGAAGCUGAAAGGCAAGAGAGCAUCCAUUAUCAAGACUGAUUAGUCUUUACAAAGACUUCAGGAUCUCUCAUUUUGUUAAUCUUUCUGAACUUUCAGAUUCAUAGUAACUGGUGGCAGUGAUGGAGACAUUAGGAUAUGGGAAAGUCUGGAUGAUGACGAUCCCAAAUCAAUCAAUGUGGGUGAAAAAAUUUAUUCACUGGCUCUCCGGAAUGGAAUGCUUGUUACAACUGUUUCUAACAACAUUGUUCAAGUUCACUCCUUCCCUGAGGGUUUACCAGAUGGUAUUUUAACUCGCUUCACUGCUGAAGUGAACCACGUCGUCUUCAAUACUUCUGCAACCAGUGUUGCUGCUGGUUCCAGUGACUUUAUGGUGAAGAUCAUUGAGACCAAGGACAACAGUCAGCAGAAGACUAUUCGAGGUCAUGAAGGUCCUAUCCUCAGUGUUGCCUUUGAUCCAAAGGAUUUAUUUUUGGCUUCCUCUAGUUGCGAUGGAGCAGUUUGUGUCUGGAAAAUUGCUGAUCAAACACGUGUAGCAAGUUGGCCACUAUUAACUAAAUUCAAUGAGGUGAACCGUGCUACAUCAAUCUGUAGACUUGAGUGGCAACCAAAGAUUGGAAAGCUUCUGGCAGUUCCAGUAGAAAAGGUUGUGAAGCUCUUUGAAAGGGACACCUGGGAAAAUACUGACAAUCUUUCAGAUGAAAGUAUUAUGAUGCCAUUAAAUGUUGUAUCAUGGUCUCCUUGUGGUGGUUAUGUGGCUGCUGGGAGCAUUGAUGGAUCAAUGGUGGUUUGGAACGUACAGACCAGAAAAUGCAUUGAAAGAUUUCAGCAUGAGAAGUCUUAUCGCAUCUGUGCAAUGGCAUGGCAUCCUUCAAAAGAAAGUAUAGCAUAUACAGAUGCUGAAGGAAAUCUGGGUCUUCAUGAAGGGGUUUUGGCAAGUGCUGGUAGCAAGGAACACGCAACUCAUUCAAAUGCUGCCACAUUUGAAGAUUUGUUUGAUGAAGAGGACAAUGACUUGUUAACAAAAGGCAUGAAUCUAUCACCCCCAUCACCUAUGAGGCAGCCAUUAGUGGAUGAUGAUGAUGACGAUGAUGGUGAUGAUGAUAAUGUAAUGGCGAUUGUCAACCGUUCUCGACAUAAUCGAGCUAUUGAAGAUGAUAACUCAAACGAUAUUGGAUCUUCCACCCAAUUAGAAGAAAUGGAUAAUGAUGAUGAUGACGAUGACAAUGCCCGAACUACUGUUGCACAAACUGCACCAACAGUUGUAGGAUACUCUGGACCAGUGCCAACACCACAACAAAAACCUUUUCAACCUUGUUCCACUCCCUCUUAUCUCCAGCAUCGGUUCAUGGUGUGGAAUUCCAUUGGUAUUAUUCGCUGUUACAGUGAUGAGCAAGAUAAUGCUAUAGAUGUAGAAUUCCACGAUACUUCAGUACAUCAUGCAAUACACUUGAGUAAUGUUCUGAAUCACACCAUGGCUGAUUUAUCACAUGAAGCAGUGCUACUAGCGUGUGUAAAAACUGAUGAAGUGCCAAGCACACUCCAGUGUAUUCACUUCAACUCCAGGGAUGCAAACAAAGAAUGGAUGGUGGAUAUGCCAAACAAUGAAAACAUUGAAGCCAUUUGUUUAGGUCAAGGCUGGGCUGCUGUUACGACAAAUGCUCAAAUUGUUCGCAUCUUCAGCAUUGGUGGUGUACAAAAGGAGCUCUUCAGUCUUAUGGGGCCUGUGGUCGCUAUGUCAGGUCAUGGGGAGCAGCUAUUGAUUUCUUAUCAUCGAGGUACUGGUUUUGAUGGAGAUCAGUGCUUGGGGGUGCAAAUAAUGGAAUUAGGAAGAAGGAAACGGCAGAUUCUGCAAGGAACGUCCCUUCCUCUUACCAGGAAGUCUUAUCUGAUGUGGCAGGGCUUCUCUGCUGAAGGUACCCCAGUAUUUGCAGAUUCAGAAGGGAUCGUACAAAUGCUAAACAGAUCUUUAGGGAGCACCUGGAUUCCUAUUUCGAACACCAGGGAUCAUUGCAAAGGCAAAUCUGACUAUUACUGGGUUGUUGGUAUCCAUGAAAACCCUCAGCAGCUCAGAUGUAUUCCAUGUAAAGGCUCUAGAUUUCCACCUACACUUCCACGUCCCACUGUAACAAUUCUACCAUUGAAACUCCCUUAUUGUCAAACUAGUUCAGAAAAAGGACAAAUGGAGGAACAUUACUGGCGAUCAGUGCUAUUUCAUAAUCACUUUGACUAUCUGGCAGAAAAUGGUUAUGAAUUUGAUGAAACUGCAAAACACCAGGCACUAAAGGAACAGCAGGAACUACUAAUGAAGAUGUUUGCUCUGUCGUGCAAGGCAGAACGUGAAUUCCGUUGUGAAGAACUCACUGAAUUUAUGACUCAGAACGUCUUAAAUUUGGCUAUCAAAUAUGCUUCACGUUCAAAACAUCUAACUCUUGCCCAACGCCUUAGCAACCUCGCACAGGAGAAAGCUACAGCAUUAUUGACAGUACAAGAUGAAGAUGACUUUCAAGCUGAUCCAAAGGCGAGCAGCUAUAGAAGAACAGUGACCAAAUGGAGUUCACAUGUGCAACCUCCAGCUCAAAACUCCAUUGAAAAGGAAGAAGGAAGUGAGGAAGAUAUUCAGAAUAAUGCAGAAGGAGAUGGUAACAAUGAAUUGGAUCCUGAGGAAACAGUUCAUGCAAAGAGAAGGUUAAAUCCAUUUAGUAAAAAUCUUGGUCCCGUGGAACAAAUAACUCCAAAAUCAGUAACUCUUACAAACAGUAUGCUUGCACGUGCCAAUCCAUUUAAGGUAAGAAAUGAUCGUACAGUACUUAAACUCUUUGUGAUUAUGAAGUUUUAUCUGUCCUGUGAACUAUUAAUUGUUUACAUGCAUUGGUUUUAGAAGAAAACAAUUUGAUAUCCACAAAGUAAUUUGAUUUAAUGUGUGGCUUUGGUCACACAACUCAAUUUGCCCUUCUCGAAAAUAAAGCAAAAGGACUCUUUUUUUUUUUUUGCUUUUAAAGGAAGCUUCUCCCUAACAGAAAGAGAGAAGAGAAAUAACAAGCUACAGUGAUGUUCAUUACCGAAGCCCAAAUAUUUCAUACUUUGUUUCUCAUUGGAAAUUUAGUAGAAUAAUUUUUCUGUGAACAACCUUCUGCUGAGAACUCUUCCCUUCCCUUUACUUUUCUUUUCUCCAGCAACUUGGUCCUAACAGUAUAGUCUUGGUUUAUAUUCCUAGAGCUAUAUUCCAAGUGGCAUACCUGCUUGUGCAUCCAUGGCUGGGAGCCAUCAGAGGCUCACCUCCCAUUUCUGGAAUCCAUUUACACUUGUUGUUGCCACAGAAAUGCAACCAACAUCAUCAAAGUCCUUUCCCACUCUUGUAAUACCCUCUACCUCUUCCAUCAGGCAGAAAAUACAGAAGCUUGAACACGCACCAACAUCCCAUCAGAUCUUCUCCUCCUCACCCCCAUUGACAUCUAGGCAGUGCAAUGCAGAUCUGAACCAUCUCAUUUGCAAAUCUCUCAAAAUCUAUUUCCUCUUGUUCUUGAUCCUUUUAUUAGUGGGAGCAGUUUCUCUGUGUUUACCCCCACGUGACCUCUCAGCACUUCUCUUCAACCCUCUCUCCAAAAUAAAAAGUUCUAAGCUGUCUGAUUUAUCUUCCUAAAUGGAAUUUUUCAUCCCUGGAACCAUUCUUGUAAAAUCACUCUUGACAUUCCAGUGGGUUCAUAUCCCAUGUGGCACACUACUCCAACUGAGGUUUAACAAGUGUCUUUUAUAAUUAAGCAUAAACUCUUUGCUCCUUAUACUUCGUGCCUAUGUUAAUAUAUCCCAGGGUACUAUAUGCUUUAUUGACUGUUCUCUCCAAUUGUCCUGCCACCUUCAGUGAUAGAGUUAUAGAGGUCUGCAGUUCAGUUAAAGCCCUUUGGCCCAUCGAAUCUGUACCAGCCAAAAACAAUCACAUCUAUUCUAAUUCUGUUUUCCAGCACUUGGCCCAUAACCUGUGUACAUUGGCAUUGCAAAUAUACAUUUAGA